CAGGAUCGCACUGCAGUCGAGUGUCGCGGGUCUGGCGCGCGGCCGCGGACACCCGCGUUCAGGAUCACCUUACGUAAUAACUACAAGGAUCGCUAAUUAUUAAUUAAUCGAUUGUGAAAGUGAACUUUCGAUACGUGAUAAUUACUCUCUCAAGUGAACUCCGUGUUUUGAUUUUUUUUUCUCGCAUUAUUGGACAGUGUUUAUUUUGAUAACAACAUUUUGAACUGAGUGUUUGGACAAUUGUUGAAACUGUUGGUUUAUUGACUUGCUGUGAUGAAAGCAGUGGAGAUAUUUUAUGAUUUCAAACAGUGACUUCUGAUACCAGUCGUCAGGCACAACACAAUAAGAAACUGACUUCGAUAAAGAAACGACACGCGACCGAAAACGAACAAUCCGAUAUCGAACAUCGAUAUUCGAGCUUAUUCAACUCCGUCGUAAAGUAUCAACACCCGUCGUAGAGAGAAAUUAAAAAUGAAAAUGUCACAUUUGAAAUUAGAAUUUGGCGUAUGCGCUGGAAGAGGGUGACGGAUCAUUAUGCGCCGGGAGUGAGCGCGGUGCGGUCGUCCGGAUGCACCCCACCGGCGCGGCCAGCCUGCCCGCCGCACCCGAGGCGGAGGUGCAAGCUAUGCACUCAAUGGACUGGCUCUUCAAGAAGGAAAGGAUAUAUCUCCUAGCGCAGUUCUGGCAACAGAGAGCUACUUUGGCGGAAAAGGAGGUCACCACUCUCAAGGAACAACUAGCAACGACCAGUCCUACGCCCUUACAAGCCACGAUACCUCCCAAGACGAAUGGCUCUCUCAUAGACUCCAGAAGAGAGUUAGACAAGUUUAGUUCAGACAUAAAGGAGGAAAAGAGAAGAUUGCCCGACAUUGAUGAAGAUAUAGAGCAGAAGAUAGAAAUGGCAGCCACAGCACGAAGUAAUAGCAACUCGGCGAGGAGUAGUCCUGUCGUAAAUACGGGAACAAAUUUAGAAAAUGAACUGGCUGCGAAAGAGAAAGAGAUAGCCCAAUUAGUAGAAGAUGUGCGAAGACUGCAGGCGUCCCUUUCCGCGCUGCAAGAAGCUCACGCUCAGCAGCUGCAGCGGCUAGAAGAGAGGUUGGACGAGAAGAAGCAGCACAUAGCACGCUUAGAGGCCCGCCUCGACACACAGAGGGACUACGACGACAUCAAGCGGGAAAUUAGCAUGCUCCGAUUUUCUGAUAUGGCCCCCACAGAGCGGCCAAACACACACUCACAUAAAGAAAUAUUUGGACCCCAGAACCAUUUACUAAGGUCUAUGGACUUGGGGCCAAACGACAGGGAUCGUAAACCAGAACCCAUUCGGUCGCCGUCCGCACCCUCCCUCCGGGAGGAGAGGGACUCCGCCGAACGUGAGCGAAGCACCGAGAGGCGAGACCCAGGUGGCGAGGAAUGGGCGAGCACGCCGCCUCCCCUCAACAACAACACGACGCACCACAAUAACAACGGCCCGCUGCCGCUGCCGCUCCCGCCGCCGAGUCCCUACCGCUUCGAGGAGCACAGGCCGUACAGGUUCGCCGAGGACAUGGGCCCGCUCCCCCCCGGCGCGCUCGUCGGCCGCCUGGGCGACUCCCUCAUCCCCAAAGGAGACCCCAUGGAAGCGCGCCUGCAGGAGAUGCUCAGAUACAACAUGGACAAAUACGCCAACUCGAACCUGGACACGCUGCACAUAAGCCGGCGGGUGCGCGAGCUGCUCUCGGUGCACAACAUCGGGCAGAGGCUGUUCGCUAAGUACGUGCUGGGGCUGUCCCAGGGAACGGUGUCGGAGCUGCUGUCGAAACCCAAGCCGUGGGACAAGUUAACGGAGAAGGGUCGGGAUUCGUAUCGCAAGAUGCACGCGUGGGCAUGCGACGAGGCCGCCAUCAUGCUCCUGAAGUCGCUUAUUCCAAAGAAAGUUGGGACAAAAGAUGGAACCGCCGGUGCCGGUUUCGGAAGGUCGGAGAGCGAUGGUGAUGAGCGUCUGGCUCACAUGCUGAACGAAGCCUCUCACAUCAUGAAGACCCCGACUCUACAGAGCAACAACGACGACUCUAGGAGCAACGACGACUCGAGCUCACCGAGAACUCAGUGCCCUUCCCCGUUCUCCAAUAAGGAUUCGAGUCAAAACAGAAGGUUAAAGAAGUACGAAAACGAUGACAUUCCUCAAGAAAAAGUUGUCCGCAUUUACCAGGAGGAGCUCGCCAAGAUCAUGACGAGGAGAGUGGAGGACAUGCGACACAGCCGAGACGGGUUCCCAGGCAUGUUUCCUCCUUUUCUCAGCGGCGGUAUGCCUCCCCACAUGGAGAGGCCUCCCGAGGAUAUUCGGAUGGCAUUGGAAGCGUAUCAUCGAGAACUAGCGAAAAUCCAACCCGGCGGCAACAUUCCAAAUCUGCACAACUUGCCCGGAAUGCCACCCUUCCCCAACCUCCUUGCGCUGCAGCAGCAAGCCAUGCAAGUACAAAACCAACACAUGAACGGAUCGGGAGCCGUGCAAGAUCUUUCCCUGCCCAAGGAGAAGAGCAGUAAAGUGAAUGGAAUAACCGACAACGAUAAGGAAAGGCAAAUGGACGCCGAGGAAGCUAUCAGACAUGCUGGUAGUGCAUUUUCAUUAGUGAGGCCGAAACUCGAGCCAGGACAGCAAUCCACGGGCUCGUCGGCAUCAAGCCCCCUUGGAAAUGCUAUUUUACCGCCGGCUAUCACACCCAACGACGAAUUCACCAGUUCGGCUGUAGCAAGCCCCUUACAGCGAAUGGCUUCCAUCACAAAUAGUUUAAUAUCUCAACCCCCAAAUCCCCCGCAUCACGCGCCACCGCAGCGGUCUAUGAAAGCAGUUCUUCCACCGAUAACCCAGCAGCAAUUCGAUCUCUUUAACAAUCUCAAUACGGAAGAAAUCGUUAAGAGAGUCAAGGAAGCGCUGAGCCAGUACUCAAUAAGCCAAAGGCUAUUCGGAGAAUCUGUUCUUGGCCUAUCGCAGGGUUCCGUUAGUGAUUUGCUGGCCAGACCUAAACCGUGGCAUAUGCUGACUCAAAAAGGAAGAGAACCGUUUAUUAGAAUGAAAAUGUUUUUAGAAGACGAUAACGCUGUACACAAACUAGUUGCAUCUCAAUAUAAAAUUGCACCCGAAAAACUGAUGAGAACUGGAAACUACAGUGGAGCACCUGCUUGUCCACCGAACAUGAGCAAACCGAUGCCACCUACACAGAAGAUGUUAUCGGACGCUACAUCGCUUUUGAGCAAAAUGCAACAGGAGCAACUACUCAGCUCGGGGCAUUUAGGACAUUUGGGCCAGCCUACGCCGCUUCUAUUGACUCCACCGGGCUUCCCUCCUCAUCACGCGGUGACCCUGCCGCCCCAACAUCACGACAAUAAUAACAAGGAACGAAAACCGCAGCCGCCCCCUCAGCCACAUCACCAACCUUCCAUUAUGCGAAAUCUCCAUCAGCAUAUGUCACCUAGUGUAUACGAAAUGGCUGCAUUGACGCAAGACUUAGAUACGCAAACUAUCACAACGAAAAUCAAGGAGGCCCUACUAGCAAACAACAUUGGGCAAAAAAUCUUCGGCGAGGCCGUGCUGGGUUUGUCGCAGGGAUCCGUUAGUGAAUUGCUAUCGAAGCCUAAACCAUGGCAUAUGCUCAGUAUAAAAGGCAGGGAGCCAUUUAUUCGAAUGCAGCUUUGGCUCAGCGACGCUCACAACAUCGAUCGUCUUCAAGCGUUGAAAAAUGAACGACGGGAGGCGAACAAGCGAAGACGCUCGAGUGGCCCCGGCCAGGACAACUCGUCAGAUACGUCGUCCAACGAUACGUCAGAGUUUUAUCACUCGAGUUCGCCGGGUCCCACGUCCGGUGUCCCUUCCGCUAAAAAACAGCGAGUGUUAUUCUCCGAGGAGCAGAAAGAGGCGUUGAAGCUGGCAUUCGCGCUCGACCCGUACCCUAAUAUGCCAACUAUCGAAUUCCUGGCGUCCGAAUUGGGGCUAUCGACGAGAACGAUAACCAAUUGGUUUCACAACCAUCGGAUGCGCUUAAAACAGCAGGCGCCGCACGGUCUCCCGGCCGAGCCCCCGGCGCGAGAUCAGUCUUCGGCGCCCUUCGACCCCGUUCAAUUUAGACUUCUGCUGAAUCAGAGGCUCCUGGAACUCCAGAAGGAGCGAAUGGGUCUGGCGGGAGUUCCGCUGCCGUACCCACCGUACUUCGCCGCCAACUCUAAUUUCGCCGCCCUGAUGAGUCGGGGACUGCUCCAGCCCGACGAGCAGGGGAAGGACGCGGCGAGCGGCCUCGACCUCUCCAUGCCUCUGAAGCGCGAGCCCGACGCCGACGACUUCGAGGACGACGACGUCGAGAGCAACCUCGGCUCGGAGGACUCGAUGGACGAGGAGUCGAAGAACGAGCCGAAGGCGGCCUCGACGCCCGCCAGCCGGUCGAGCCGGAGAAAACCGGUCGCGCCGCAGUGGGUCAACCCCGACUGGCAGGACGAGAAGCCGCGGAACCCCGACGAGGUGAUCAUCAACGGCGUGUGCGUGAUGCGGAGCGACGACUUCCGUCGCGACCCCGAGCAGACGGUGCGCGUGGAGCCCUCGCCCGUGCCGCGCGACUCCUCCCCCGGCCCGCGCACGCCGCUCACCCCGCACACGCCGCACACGCCGCACACGCCCCACACCCCCCACACGCCGCACACGCCGCGCCCGCCGCUCACGCCGCUCGCGCCCGACGUGCUGCCCGACGACAAAAUCAAGACUGAGGCGGACGACGACCGGUGGGAGUACUAGAGCGACGAUGCCGGUUAUGUGACUGUUGUGUGAUUAUUUAUUGUGUAUGUGGACGCGGUCCGGACGCUAGCGCGAGUGCCCGCGACGAUCAGUGCAAAUUUAGUUGAAAGUAUUUUUUUUAUUCGAUUGUAAGGCCAAAGACUCUGUAAAUAGGAUCGUAGCUUCUCACCGUGCGAGGCGGCAGUCCGCGGUCGGACGGUAAACAUGUGUUACAAAUAUUGCAUUUUGCUUUAAUGUUUUAUAUACAAAUCCCUAGGCGUACCUCUAUUGUGGUACAAAUUCUGAGUAUUUUUAAUCGAUUAGUUGUCUACUCGUAAUUUUAUUCGUAGUGUAAAUAAAUAUACCAAAUAUGUAUCGGCGGCCGCGAGCCCGAGCGUUGUAUAUAAUGUAAGAAGGCUGAAGUACCGAAUGUAUAUUACUGUCGUUGCCGUACAUAGUCCGUAGGGGUAGGAGGUUCAUUAUUGUUAACUCGAAAGUGCAAUCUAUGAUAAGUAACGGUCUACGCUGAACCCGGUUAAAAGUAUUAUUACGUUUAUGUGAACCGAAAGGUUUAAAAUAUUAUAAUUGGUUUAUAUACAAAUUUUAAUUUAUAAAACUAUUAUUUUAUGCUACUUUAUAAUUUUAUGUAUGAGUUUAUCACAUCUGAAAGAGUUGGAAUCGCGCGUGUAAAUUUCACUUUUUAUAUUUUAAUCUACCCACAUACUCGAUAUCGCGAGUGACGUACAAAAAGUUCAUUAAAAAUGUAACAAUUGUGGUUAUAGUUAUAUUUUAUUUUAGCAAUAAAUUUGCUUUUAAUUUUCUUUAAUUUUUGUUUUAUUUUUUCCUUAUAUAUUUGUGUAUCUAUAUUACUAGGAAAGGAUAAAUGUACAUUAAAGGGAACCGAACUCCUUGCAUCAGUGUAAAUAAUAGACUAUCUAUGGAUAUUGGUUGUAAAUAUGAUUUCUUAAAAACGAAAGUUAGAAAGAGAGGGGGCAUAAUUGUCGGCCCUCUCGGAUGGUUAAUUUCAUACUCGUAGAUUCGAAUUCGUAACGUGAGCUAUUAGAUUAAA